UACGCGCGGCUCCUCUCUUCUCAACCCUCAACAACUGAGAAGCUUCUCCCCAAUCCCCAUCUAUCUUCUUAUUUGUUAGAUCAAUCUUCUCUCUCUCUCUCUCUCUCUCUCUCUCUCUCUCUCCCUGAAUUUCUCUUUUGAGUUUUUACUUAGAACCCAUGUUCAGAAAUUGUCAAUAGAAGAUCUGAUAUAUCCUUAUAUCUCAGUUUUCUCUCCCCAAAUUCCACAUUCACGAGUUACAUGCUUUGUUCGUUAUCCAGGUUCUUUUGAAUAUAAAAUCCCAGUUUUUCUCACCUUUCUCUAUGUCUACUAAUUGAAGAGCAUUCCCCAAUUCUUUCCUUAGCAUAAUCUCAAAUGGGUACGUUUCAGUUUUCUGUUUAUGGUGGUACAAGAUCAAUUCACCUAGGUUCUGUUUACGGGUUCUCAGAAUUUUUCUUCUUCUCACUGAUUUUCAAUUUUUGAAUUUGGAUUUCAUAGGCAGUGAGAUAUUUAUGCAUUACUCCGAUUGAUUUGUGCCCUUUUCUUCAAUUUCAGUUGUUUAUCAGUACGCGUUCAACUGCAUCUUGAAAGAAUGAACGCUCUUCCAGAUGCCAUUGUUCAAUACAUUUUAUCCCACAUGAGGAACGCCAGGGAUGUGGCGAGCUGUACUUGUGUAUCUAAGCGAUUUAAGGAGUCAAUGCCAUUGAUCCGGAGCCUCUACUUCCCCCGCAAUUCCUUUGAUGACAAUAACAGCGGAGCAGAUCCUGACACUGUUGUGAGCCGAAUGGUCUCAUCGAUCGUCUGGUUAGAAGAGCUCGUAGUCUACUGCCCAUUCUCCAGUGCAGGCCUUGCUUCAUGGCUAUCGAGCGCAGGCCGGUCCCUUCGGCAUCUGGAGCUCCGCAUGGACAAUCUUACUGAAAAGCAGUCUCGGAAUGAGACCCUAUCAAAAUUGGAUUGCAUCGGUUAUGCAACAGUCUUGGAGUCGCUCAAGCUCUGGGGUGUGAUCAUGGUGAAUUCCCCCAAAUGGGGUUUAUUCAAGAACCUCCGGACUCUCGAAAUAGUUGGGGCGAGGUUGGAUGACAGAGCUCUUUCUGACGCAUUUCGGGCAUGCCCAAAUUUGACAAAUCUGUCACUGCUCGGUUGUGAUGGAUUGAGGUCGGUUUCAGUCCAAUUGCAGCAGCUGGAGCAGUGUAGGCUCGAUUUCUAUGGCUUGGGAAACUGCUCCCUCACUGUCAGCUGCCCGAAAAUUCAAUUGCUUGAAAUCCAAGGUUGCAGCUGGAUUCGAGUAGACCAAACCUCUUGCUUGAGGAAUCUCUCAAUCUCCAACAGUGCAGGUAGAGUUUACAAGGUGGAUUUCGGGAGGCUCGGAGCUCUGGAGUUCUUGUCCAUCAAAGGUGUUCAAUGGUGUUGGGACGCAGUGAGCACCAUCCUCCAAUGUGCAAGUGAGGUGAAGCACCUGGUUAUGAAGGUCGAGUUCACCGGGGAUUUUGAAGCUUUACUACCGUUCCCGGAGGUUGAUUUGGUUGAUUUCUUUAACAGCCAUCCCAAGCUGCAAACUUUCGAAAUCCACGGAGCCAUGUUUGCUGCUUUGUGCCAGAAGAACAGCUUAAAGAGUGUGGAUUCGAAGUUCGUUAUUCCAUCCUUGGAAGAGGUGGUAAUCACAGUGAGGUCGCCUCUGAAUGCCGAGCAAAAGAUGAGUACCUUAGAGUCAUUGCUCAAGUACGGAAAGAACCUGCGAAGGAUGGUGAUAAGGAUUCUUCAGAUGAAGAACUGCCAUAACAGUGCAGAUGAUUUCUUUGAAGAGAUUUGUAGGUUCAGAUACUUGAACCACAAAGUUGUUCGGAUUGAAUAAGAAUGUUGCAGAGGAAUCUCUCUCCCCCCAAUUAACUUCUAAUUCAAACUUCUCUUGUUACCAGCCAUUGCAGCUUGUGACAUUCAACCAUUUCGAUUCAAUGAGAAUAGCCCCAUCAUGAUUCUUUUUACUUUUAUUAUUGUGGGUUCUUCUCUAAUCCUUCAA